GUACACAAGCCGUGGCGCUCGAAGAUUGUGUCGCACGCGAACACUUGCUCUUUCGCGACUCCUCCCCUCCUCAUCAAGGUGAUUCACUCCCGAAAUAGCGACAGCCGCGCGAUUAAUUGCCAGAGAGAAGGAGGAGGUGUUGCCGUGUGUUUACGGGGAGACACGAUGCAGAUCUCGACUUACCAGUACUACUUCCUGCUUGCUCUGGCGCUUAUCCCCGUCUACCUGUUCUUCAGACUGUGGUCCUGGCUCGGAUGGCAGCUAUUUGUGAAUAACUGAGUGUCAGGUGUACGAACGACUCGUUGUUGUGUAAAUAAAGACAGUAUUUUUAUUUUUUUAAA